UCCAGAACUUGGAGGGGGACACGCAUACUGUCGCAAUCCUGGAAGCCAGAUGGAAGGUCCCUGGUGUUUUACGCAAAACAAAAACGUCCACGUGACAACAGCAAGAUGGGGAUCCUCUACAUCCUGGUACCCAGCAUAGCAAUUCCUUUGGUUAUUGCCUGCCUUUUCUUCUUGGUGUGUAUGUGCAGGAACAAGCAGAAGACAUCUGCUACUACUCCGCAGCGUCGCCAGCUGAUGGCAUCUCCUAGCCAGGAUAUGGAAAUGCCUCUCAUUAAUCAGCACAAACAGACUAAGCUGAAAGAGAUCAGUCUCUCCACGGUGAGGUUCAUGGAGGAGCUGGGCGAGGAGAAGUUUGGGAAAGUUUAUAAGGGUCACCUGUUUGGUACAACGCCAGGCGAGCAGACGCAGACAGUUGCCAUCAAAACCCUCAAGGAUAAAGCCGACUUAGCCCUCCGGGAAGAAUUUAAACAUGAAGCGAUGAUGAGGUCAAGGUUACAGCACCCAAAUAUUGUUUGCUUACUGGGAAUAGUGACAAAAGAGCAGCCCAUCAGUAUGAUUUUUAGCUACUGUUCCCAUAGCGACCUGCAUGAGUUUUUGGUUAUGAGAUCCCCUCAUUCUGACGUCGGCAGCACUGAUGACGACAAGACCGUGAAGUCCACAUUGGAGCCAGCAGAUUUUUUCCACAUUGUGACUCAGAUAGCGGCAGGGAUGGAAUACCUGUCAAGCCAUCACGUCGUCCACAAAGAUUUAGCCACUAGAAAUGUAUUGGUGUUUGACAAACUCAGUGUGAGAAUAUCCGACUUGGGCCUUUUCAGGGAAGUCUAUUCUGCUGACUACUACAAACUCAUGGGGAACGCUCCGCUGCCUAUACGGUGGAUGUCCCCCGAGGCAAUCAUGUAUGGCAAGUUUUCCAUUGAUUCUGACAUCUGGUCCUACGGAGUGGUAUUGUGGGAGAUCUUCAGCUACGGCCUGCAGCCUUACUGUGGCUAUUCCAACCAAGAUGUCAUCGAAAUGAUAAGAAACAGGCAGUUUUUGCCGUGUCCCGACGACUGCCCUGCGUGGAUGUACUCGCUGAUGUUGGAAUGUUGGAACGAAUUUCCCAACCGAAGGCCAAGAUUCAAAGACAUCCACAACAGGCUGAGAACCUGGGGGAACUUGUCGAAUUACAACAGCUCAGCACAAACGUCUGGGGCGAGCAACACCACACAAACCAGUUCCCUCAGCACAAGCCCCGUUAGCAAUGUCAGCAACACUAGGUACGUUGGACCAAAACAGAAAGCUCAAGCUUUCCCCCAGCCACAGUUCAUCCCAAUGAAAGGACAGAUACGGCCGAUGGUUCCACCACCUCAACUCUACAUUCCCGUCAAUGGUUACCAACCGAUGCCGGCCUACGGAGCGUAUUUGCCCAAUUUUUAUCCCAUGCAGAUCCCAAUGCACAUGGCUCCUCAGCAGAUCGCUCCUCAGAUGAUUCCAAAACCAGGAUCCCAUCACAGCGGCAGUGGUUCCACAAGCACGGGAUACGUGACAACCGCUCCCUCCAAUGCCUCGGUGGCGGACAGGGCUGCUCUGCUGUCUGAAGGUGCAGAUGAUGCUCACGCCGCAGAAGAUGUUGCUCAGAGUCUGGUCCAGGAAGAGGAGGAGGAAGAGGGCUCAGUGCCCGAAACAGAAUUAUUGGGUGAUAAUGACACUCUUCAGAUGGACGAGGCAGAAUUCCAGACAGAAGCCUAGAGGUGUUGCCUUACUACAAAGACGAAAUGGGGCACGUCUUCAGUCCACUGGGGACUGUUGUCCUUUUGACUUGCAUAAUCAAUGUCCCCCCCCCUUUGGACUUUUACACACACUAUAAUCCAAAACCACCUGAGAGGCAACAAUAAUGACAUAUCAUGUUUAAAGGAUUUUUCUUUCCGGCAGAUGUAUGCAAAAUAUGAAGAUUGGGAAUUGCUGUUUCUGAAUCUAGGGUUGAUUGCAGUUUUUUCAGGGAGGCUGCUUUUAUAGUAUACUGUUGCUGUGCAACAGAAAGUGGAAAUGCAUUGCACAUCAUGUAUAUCUUGAACUCUGAUUGUAAUUUUUUUUAAAGAAUUCUGGUAAAAUCAGUAACCAAAAAAAAAAGAGAGAGAGAGUUGGUCAACAAUAACACACAGGGUUGUUCUGCAUGUGGAAAAGUGCUCAAGGUAUAAGGGACACCCUACAAACAGAAUCUUUGUCUUUUUGAUAGAAUUGAUUUGCAGGGGGGUUAUUCAAAUAUAGGUAAGAAGAGACAGGUAAGAAUAUUCUUCCAAAUUUGAAAUAUAGCUGAAGUUCAGGUAAGAAAGCAGAAUGACUGGUAUAUCUUAGUGACUGAGCAUUGCACACACACACACACCCCGCUGAAGAAGUGAAUUGAUUUCCAUUAUAAAGGAAUGGAAGUAUAACAUGUUUUAGCAGCAAAUAUAUUUUUUCUAACCAGAAGAAGUGACCUGGUAGGCUUUGCACUAACUGAAUAAGCCAACCUCCUUUGCCUGUUGUGGUCAAAUCUUGAUAAAGGGCUCAGAAAUACAUUAGCACAUAUUAUUGAUCGUGUUGAUCAAUAAGAAUUUUAAACUCAUUUUGAAUUUAGUUAAAAAGGUGCUAGAAAAACACAUACCCUCCUUUGUUUUUCUUUUUAAAAAGAACUUUUUUAGAGAUUGUAGAUCUUUAAAGACCAAAAUAAGCAAUAUUGUAUAGAAUGUGUGGAUACAUGUUUGAUGCUUUUUUUGUGAGAUGAAUCAUGUACAGACUUUGAAAUGUAAUUUAUGUUUUGUUACAUUUUAUAUGGGUUUUUUAUUGUAGCAUUUGGAUCUUUGAAAAGAAUGCCUAUAUAACUUAACCGUUUACAUUAUGCUUUGUAAUAUUUUAUUGGGAUUGGGAUUUGUAUGCUUUGAUAUGUUGAUAAAUACUGGUCCAAACAUUUCAUAGCCAUACAUUUCAUACAUUCUGUAAUAUAAAUAUUCCCUGAAUUGUAUUAUAAUGUAGCUACAUAUACAUUGUAGUUCUAGGCUGUAAAUCCAUCACAUGGACUAUCUAACAAAGCAGCACAUAAAUAUUUGAUUAAUUUGUAAGAUGUUGUAAAAAGAAAAAAAUACACUGUAAAUGUGGAAAUUCUCAUUUCCAUUCUGCCAUGUUUUACCAUAAUAAACUGUGCCUUUGGAAAGCACGUUUGGGUUACGUGAAGCGCACCAUUGCAAUCUGCAGCCUGUCUUAGUAACAGGAACUGCUUAACUGGUUUCCAGUUUAUCUCUUGAAAUUUGCUAUGCACUGGUAGGUAAAUGAUGAGAAGCUCUCUUGCUUGUUAAUAUAAAUGCGAGUUGGAGAAUAUCAAUAAAUCAUACAAAUAAAA